AAAAUAUAUAUAAAUAUAUCUUUCACCUCAAACUUAAAGAAAGGAUAAUGUUGGUAACGUAUAAUUAAUUGACAAAAGAAUAUAGAAAUUUAAAACUGCUGCUCUGUAAAAAAUUAAGAAAAUAGGAAAUGUGACUUAUUAUAUCCUUUCUCUCUAGUCUUCAAUUGAAAGGAAGUCAAGUGAUCCCGGGGAGCAUUUAAUGAAACGGAUGACUCGGCUGGCCAGUUUCCCGCCAGUAGCCUGAGUUUGGUGUCUGUAUUUCUACGUUAAAAUUUCUCAGAGGGGGAUGCAAACGCCUCCAGCGACUUGCUUGCUUCCUCCGCGAGUGUAGUUCACGGGAGCGCCCUUGCAAGGACAGCGGCCUUUCAGGGCUUUCAAGCCUUUCGGGGCGAACGUUUAAAACGAGUCAAAUGGACAAGAGAAAGCGAGUCAAGACGAGUAUACAGACAGAACCAGCCGCCUUCUCUCGCUUUCUUGUGUCUUCUUCUGUCUCCUUCUCUCCCCUUCUUCUUUCUCCGUACCACCCAUUCUUCCCUCCUUUCAUUUACCUCCCUCCAAAGUUCAAAUGCUUCCCUUCUCCUCUUUCCUUCUCUUUGGCUCGCAGGAAACCAGUCGCGAUUUUUCACGCGGUGGGAACUAGAAGCCGCUCCCUACUAUAAAUAGCCUUCGAGUUCGCUCUCGAGCUCUGCUCUCUCGGCCUCCAACGGCGAUGGGAGUAGCUAAAAGGGGGUAGCCAUCCAUGGGCGCCGACACACUGACGUUUCAACAUUAUUUUUUAUCACCAGUUUCUAAUUCUACAUUCUGCUUCAACAAGGAUGCUGUGCCCCUUUCUAUCAACACUUGGACUCGCGAUAACGAUUUCAAGAUAGUCUUUAAUAGACUGUGAAUCUGUAUACAUGUAUGGGAAAUUUGAAGAAACAUUGAAGUUUGGCGCAACUAAAAAUGUUAUGUUAAAUGGGAUCUUUAAAUUUAAAUGAGAAAUAUGCAGUUCCAAAAUGUUCAAGAACAUUGUCUUUGGUAAAUACGGAAUAUUUAACCAGUUAUAUUCGCAUCCUUCACAGAACACAUUGCUUGAGGCAAGCAGUGACGCUGUUAGAAAUUAUUCGUUUCCCUAAGGUGCGCGAUAACUGUAAAAUGUAAGCGUUCCAAGAGAAUGUCUAUCCACGUGGGUCGUGGAAUCACGCGUCAAGGGAAGGCGUGGUUGCUGCGAUCCCGUGUGAAACAGCAUGUUGAUCAGACGAAAUUCUAUCGGCGCCCAUGUAAGUCAUGACUUUGUACGCGCGUGACAGAGGAGUAGAAGGGAUGAGCGUUGGAAUUUUUAUGGAAGGAAAAAAAGGAAAAACUUCGUGUCUGCGACCAAAAGGGGCGGUCGGUAAGCGCGAGGAAUAGGUAUACCAGAGUGAACAACAAUCGAGAUAACUUGGAAAAAAAUUAUAUAAUUCCAGUUAGUCGGUCCUUCAGGAAAAAGAAUGCUGUUCUAUUAAAUCUCGAAAUUGUCUUGCAUUUUCCUAAAAUCCAUAAAAGGAAUCGAUAUAAAGGACAUAGACUUUUAACUUUUUAUAACAUAACUGACGAAAAAUUUCUUUAACCUGAUAAUUAUUAAUACGAAUACUUUUGUUGAUUCAUUAAAAAUUAAUUAAGAUUAUUGCAGAAAAUAGCAUUACGAAAAACUUAGUUUUAGCAAAACACCGUUUCAAUAAUUCUCUAAUUACUGUGCUAUUAGAUACUUCAGUGAGUAAUUAGAAUUUUUGAUAAAAAUGAUGUGAUUAAAAAAUUAAACAAAAAUUAUGAUAAAAGGAAACGUUUAUCCGUUGCAUUAAGAUUGUUACUAAAAGAAAUUAUAUGACCCUAUUUAUCAAAUCUCUAGAAGGAUCGUAAUUGUAAAUGGUUUCAUUUUCCUCCGUAAGGAUUAAAUAUUCGAGUUGAAGAGUGUAGUGAGUGAUUAAGCAAUGACGCGCCUCUUAGAAUCUAUCGUGCAAACGGUAAUAUCUCAGAAUGAUCUUCAACGUAACUACUAAAAUGAACACGUAUGAAAUAGUUUCAUGAUAGAAAAGAAAUGUUAAAGACAAUAGACGUUAAUGAUCAAAAUUCAUUGUCAAAAUUUAUAAUAUACAUUUAUAAUAUAUGUAACUGGAUAUCAUAUACCAUACCAAGGUUUAUGAUAAGAUUAUCUUAUCACGAACAAAACCAACUGGUCGAAUUGUUCUAACUAAAUCGUAUUUUUUAUAAUGCACGUUUGUUUACAAAUAUCAAUAUCAAUUACUACUUGACACAUGGAGUAUAAAUUAAGAUUUAAUAUCCUAAAAUUAAGUAACCUUCUUUAGUUCAAAUUCUUGCAUAGUCCAUCUCUGACCUAUGAUACUUAUAGUACUUGUAACUAAAUUACAAGUAUUUAUGCAAAUUCAUAUUUUUAUAAACUUAAAUAGAGGUUUCUCUCGCCUAUUAAACUGUAAGGAAUACUCUACUUUGGAUAUUUUAAAUACGGAUUCUACGCAUUUUUGUAUACUCGAAUUUCGCAUUAAUGCAUAAAUAUGCAUGACCCAACAAUAAUAGUUGGACAUUAAUCCCGCAAUAAACACUUUUGGAAGUUAACAUAUUUCUAUGUCGAAUUCAACUUCACACGGAUAUUAAAGCCGUUAUAGCGUUCUAGUGUUGCUGUAAGACACUUUUAUGUUUGAUGUUCUGAAUCUUCCAUUAAUGGUUGUCAUCAGACCAAUCAUCCAACGUUGGUGAUACAGCCGAUUAAGCUAUCGACUCGAGAUCAGUUUGGUGAAACAAUUUACAUGAUAUAAAAGAUAAUGUUUCCAUUGCAAAAAACAAUUGAUCUUUCUUGGAAAUAAAUACUAAGUUAUACUUUUAAUUGGGAUAAACAAUUAUUCAUUAUGAUAAGUUUACUGAAUGUUAUGUGUCAUCCAUUUUAGGAAUUUCAACAGCUUUCUCUAAUUCCAGAAAGCCGCAAUCUUAAUUAAGAUCUUCUCAAAAUAAACAAAGAAUCAUCUACUCGAAUAAAAUGACCAACAUGCAAGUUAUUCUGAGAGAGCAUUUCAAGAAUUCCUCUAAGCUUUGCUACUUUGCGUGCUUAUAAGCAAGCGGCGCUUUACUACGACGACGUUAAGUAUAGAAGGACUUUACACUUGUUUAUUCCAUGAAUAUUCCUCUAAAUAUUUAGAAGCAAUUAUUUUUACGUCACAAAAAAUAACUAGUUUUCUACGAAGAUAUUUCGCUCUUAGUCAAAGAGGAAUUCUUCAUUCCUAUUUUGAAAUCUUCACAGAAGUGCAUCCUAAGAAGUUUUUAAUUUUUAAAGUGUAAAAAAUGUCAAAAAAUGUCAAAAGGACGAAAAUUUAUGUAAAUUUAUUUGUGUUAGCGUCAUACUAUUUUAAUAUAUAUAUUAACGCUUUUCUAUUAGAAAAUUUAAACGCAGUCUUUUAUCAACAAAUAAUGAUAGAAAAAUGCUCUCACGAUGAAGGAAAGCAGAUAAAGAAAAGAAAUAUCGGCAAGUCCGUGGGCACGAACGAUAAAGUUACGAUUUGCUGGGCAAUCAAUGUGAAAACCGGUUGUCGGUUGGAGCAUAAUGUUUCUCAAAUCAAUUCGUACUCGACGGAAAAUGCACCUGUACCCCGACUUCUCCCUUUCACGCUUUAGCCUCUCAGCACUCGCUCCGAACUCGCAUAAACGCACACACUCUAUUUAUAGAUAGCGUAAGGUUGAUUACUCUUUUCACAGAUAUAUGCCGCCCGAGUCCUUAAGUUUCAUCAUAAAUGUAGAAUGGGAGAAUCAUAAACCAACGUGAUGAGAGAAUAAGCGAAUGAACGAUGACAAUUCCAACAGAUAGGAGAAAGAAACAAAAGUCUGUUUUUAUUCUAUCUACUUGUGUUCUAAAUAUACCGAGAUCGAUUUCUAUAUUAAUAAUCUAACAAAUAUAUUACAUUAUUUGAAGUUCGCUAUCAGUAAAAUGGAUCAAUAGUUGAACAUUAUCAAGAGAAUACUAUCCAUCCCAAGAGUUCUGAAAGAAAUAAAGUAGUAUAAGCGAAACAAGCGGGAGAAGCGUUCCACUGUGGCAUCAUCCAUAUCUUCCAGCAUAAUAACUUCAAUUUCGUCCCGCGGUAUUGCAAUUUACAAAGAAUUGGGACGCGAAAUGGAGUAGACAAAGUGUAACAAAGAAAGAAAGAGUGAGAUCUACGCUGACGAGACAAAGUGUUAUGGUUCUUAAUGUUACGGGAUAUAAUCUGGCGUCUGAACGACUGUGCGUUUCAGUCAUGCCCGUCAAUGUUUUUCCACGGACGAAAACCUGUUGUAAAUUACAUCUCUGCGUCUCGGUCCUCUUUUGUACUCGUCCUUCGAGGGAGAUCGUCCGCACGAGGAUCACCGGAGAAUCUUUCCAUCGAUUUAUUUACUUUUCUACCGGGUCACGGUGUACUGGAGAACCUCAGACCUAUCUUGCACCAUCAACUUCAUCCCUGAAGAAAUUUCUCCAUAUCAGGAAGAGAAACACAAAAAAUGAAGGACUAAGAGAGUAUUUUAGUCUUGAAGGUUUAAAAGUAAAAGUAAUUGUCUAGGGUAGAGUACUGCCUUAUGGCAAAAAUAUACCUCUUUUCUCUUCAGAGAGGAUCGAGAGAUAAUAAAAGGAACAUGCUCUAUCGGAUUAAUUCCCGAAAGCAAAUGGUCAACCAGCACCUUCUUGAGCAGUCAUAAAUAUUCGAAAAUCUCUAAAAGGAUUUUAUUCUGGAAGGAUCCUAAAUUCCAGCAGGAGCUGCGUUCUCCAACGGUCCUAAGCUCCUUCGUGAACGAACAUCAGGCCCUGCUUCAGCACGCGACUGAAUUGCCGCGGGUGAAAGUGGGAGAUCUACAUGCACCAAAAUCCGAGCCAACACAGUCAAUCUAAACUUUCGUUAGAUCAUUGACACGUUCAAGAAACUGUCUGCUUAGAUAAAAGUACUCUUAAAGACUGUCUUAUUGACAACGACUUUGAUAUAACUUCUAUUUUAUUAAAAAUGCCAUAGUCCACCAAUAUAGACUUACACUCUUCUCCUAAAGAAGAAAGGAUAGAGGAAGGUUUUCCAAAAUUAAAAUUCAUGAAUCGGUAACUCGAUUCAUCGAAGCGGCGAUACGGUUAAAGACCUGUUUGAGGCGAGAAAUCAUUAUUUCCGGCGAGACGGAUUUGACGAUAGAAAAAAGUUACUUUAGAAGUGUAUCCCCGAGCAGAAGGACUACGGGGAUUUGGAGGCGCAAACGGAGAAGAAUUAGAGACAUCAAGGAAAAAUGGCGUAUGACGAUGUUAUACUUCGAAUGGGGGAGUUCGGCAGAUAUCAACGCAGAAUCUACCUGUUGCUCUGUCUACCGGCGAUAUCCUGCGCUUUCCAUAAGAUCGCUGGAGUCUUCUUGAGCGCGAAAAUGAACGCUAGAUGUCUGUUACCACAUGAAAAUCCGGAGAAUGCCACAUAUUUUUUACCGCCACACAUACUGAAUACGAGUUAUCCAGGGGGUUACGAGCAGGAAAAAUUGUUACAAUGCUACAUGCUAGAUCUUCCUAAUAUCGUUAAUGAGACAACGAUCAAUAGGUACGUCGACACGUCAACGGAUAAUAUACACGGAGAAAAACCAGUAAUUCCAAAUAGUAUCAACACCCAAGGAUACAAGCCAUGUGAAACGUUCGUUUAUGAUAGAAGCAAAUAUAAAAGUACUACCACUUCUGAGUGGAAUUUAGUUUGCGAUAGGUCAUGGUUGAGAGCUACAGGGGAUUCGUUGUUUAUGGUAGGAGUCAUGCUUGGCUCGAUGAUUUUCGGUGGUUUGUCCGAUAAGUUUGGGCGUAGACCAAUUUUCUUCCUGUCUUUAGUCAUACAGUUGGUCGGUGGUGUACUAGUCGCAGUUUCCCCCGAGUAUAUUUCCUACGUUGUCUUCAGGUUAAUAGUUGGUUCCACUACUAGUGGAGUCUUUUUAGUCGCCUAUGUAAUAGCCUUGGAAAUGGUAGGACCAAAGAAGCGUUUGGUAGCUGGGGUCGGCUGCCAAUUGUUCUUCACAACUGGAUAUAUUCUAACUGCUGGUUUUGCGUAUUUUAUAACCGAUUGGAGAAUGCUACAAGUCGCUAUCACUGUACCUAGCAUUGCGUUUCUUCUCUACUGGUGGUUCAUUCCUGAAUCCGCACGUUGGCUAUUGACAAAAGGUCGUGUACAAGAGGCGAAAGAUCUCCUACAACGAGCUUCCUUAGAAAAUGGCGUAGAGAUGCCGAGCGAAGCUCUGGAUACGCUUCUUAAUAGUAAUAACGAGGAAACUACACCAGAUUAUAGAAAGCCAUCGUUAUUUGAUCUUUUUCGAUAUCCAAACUUGAGAAGAAAGAGUAUUCUACUAUUUUUCAAUUGGCUUGUAAAUAGUGGUACAUAUUACGGUUUAUCCUGGCAUGUGUCCAACCUUGGUGGCAACGAUUACGUUAAUUUCGUCAUAUCCGGGUUGGUGGAAAUACCUGCAUACACGUUUUUAAUCUUCACAUUGAAUCGUUGGGGAAGAAAGAUCAUCCUGUGCGGUUGCAUGCUAAUAGCAGGAUUUGCAUUACUUGGAAUCUUGCUUGUACCUGCUGAUGCUCAGUGGCUCGUAAUAUGUUUAGCGAUGAUCGGUAAGCUCACAAUUACAUCAUCUUAUGGUGCUAUUUACGUUUUUACUGCCGAACAAUUCCCUACGGUUAUUCGAAAUGUCGGUCUUGGAGCAAGUUCGACUUUCGCUCGAAUCGGUGGAGUAAUUGCUCCACAUGUCAUUCACUUGUCUGAAAUCUGGAUGCCUCUACCAUUUGUUAUUUUUGGAUCGUGCGUACUUUUUGGUGGAGUUAUGUCGUUACUCCUUCCAGAGACGUUAAAUAAGAAGCUCCCAGAAUCUAUACAAGAUGGCGAAUUAUUUGGAAAGAAAUCGGAGAAGAAGAAGAAAAAGCAACAACUAGAUAUAGAACAACUAAACGAAGUUGAUGUGAUAAAACCAUUGAAACCACAAGAAAACGGUGUUCACGAGAAGCAAAACGGAUGACGUUAAUUUAGAAAAGAAAACAACGGUUAUGCUCAAAGUAUAUACUUCAAUCCUGUCUGAUUGUAUUUUAGGCACCCUUGUAUACGCGUCUUACGUAUACUAAUCUUAGUGUGCCCAUUGCAAUACUGCAAUACCAAAAACAAAACAAAAAAAAACAAAAUCACAUUUAUCUUUCAAAUUAUAUCACCAAUGAUGUAGGUUGCUUUUAAUCAAACGAAACAUGCCAAACGUGAAAUCAAAGGAUGGCAAGAAAUGUAUACUUAGACUUUCAGCUUGUUUCGUAAUUACUGGAAAAUACACAAUGAAAGCAAGAAGGUAGCAUUUUCCUUAUGUUUAUACAUACAUGCAAUAUACAGCUUUUGUAUUUAAUAGCACAUAAAAAUUCUGCCAGCAUAUAUAUCAUUUAUUUUAAUUUCUAAAUGUGGUUUACAUACAUGUUAAGUGGCCUUGAAAUAUAAACCUGUAAAAGCUUCUUUCGAAAGCUCACGCAGGAAAUAAUUAUAUUUCUGCGCCGAGAUCGCAGGUAAAAAAUACAAAGAUUUUGACGUUUUAA